AUGUCGCAGAAAUCGGUCGCUAUCCUGCGGGUGCGGGACCUGCCCGUCACCACGUUUACCAGGAAACGAAUCAUGGGGCUCGUAGUGGGCAUCACGACUCGCGAUAAGCCGACCAAGCCAAUUGUGGUGCAUAUGACGGACUUUUCUCGAAAUCCAUCUGUCGCGCAAUCUGAGAUGAACUACGCCAGCUGUGACCCGCCUUUUUUCGACGAUCCUGAACAAGCCGACAGUAUCAUUGACGUGGCAUUUUAUCCCGAGUCGGUGACACAUUUAAAACGCAUUCUUGGCGACACUGUGAGCCCCAAAUUGUUCGACAACAGGAGCGCGUCGUUUUAUCCGCUCUAUCAGCACGCGACCGUGAUAUCAUUGCGGCUGAGAUCGAAAUUGUGGAGCGACCAGAUUGACCUGAUAGCUGACCCUGGAUUUUCUGACAACUGUUACAGCCAGAUCUGGCCGGUGAGUAUUCUUGAAGCCAGAAACAAUCCGGCAGCUGAGACGAUCUACGACCCAAACGAGAAUAAUUAUGCUCUGGCGCGGGAGAUCCUGCGCGACUGGAAGACUCAAUGCAGUGCGUAUAGUGGCUCCAACCCGAAAGUCAAACAGGUUAUGGACGAGCUUUCCGAGUCAGCUGCUAGUGUGACAUGCUCACCGCCACACACUCUGCACCGCCACGAAGCACAGGAGCAGUACUCAGAGACAGGUUUUCUCAGCGACAUGGAAAGCUCUGACGACGAAGAGCUCCCCAGAAAAGAGUCCAAAAGGGGAGCCUCUGCCAAGAAAAGCAGCCGUGUCAAAGAUACGCCAAACGUGACCUUUCCUGUCUCCCAAAUUCCCCUAGCUGACUACACCGGAGCAUAUUUCAUCCAUGUGCAGAUAAUGCGGCUGGAGACACGCACGGCCGAUCUCAUCUACAAAAGCUUCCCCGAUAAUAAGAUAAUGACAAAAGCAAUCGACGUGCUGGUGCGGGAGGUCGACUCGGCUGCAACACUGCGAAUCAGAGUGGAAGGGUACGAUCUUUUCCGGUUUGCAGGCAUCACGUUUACAUACCCGCUAUUAGACAUGACAGCGGCGGAAGUCGAAACCGCAAAAAAAUUGGCAGCUCUGGUGCACAGGCCGGUGCGUAUGUUGGUGAGGCCGUACUCGCUGCCCCUGGAGGCAGCCACGGUGAACACUGGACGUUGUUACAGAUGGCUGUUUACAGAAUAUCCUUGA